AUGCAGAGAGAGUUGGAGUCCCUCACAUCAGCCAAGCCCCCACCUCCUCCUCUCCCUUCUGCAAGUAGCGGCCCUCAGCCUCCCAUCCCCGGCAGCCCUGGGGAUGGAGCCGUUGGUCAGGAGCCACCCAGGCAGCGUGAAAACUUUAAUGUGAUGGAGAUAAGGCAUCCUUUUAAUGUUACUGCGCCCUCCCGUGGUAAUCUAGCUGUAUUUCACGCAAGUGUGAUGCAUUCCAACGCCGAGCUUCCUGCAAAUAACAACCUGGAGCUUAUUUUCCAGGUUGUCAGGAAUCCUUCUGGAGGCGUGAAACGUAAGUUGGAGAAAACGUUGGACUGUGAAUUAAUUAAUGAAAAGAAACGUCACUCGUAUCUUCCUGGCGCAUGUUUAACCGACAGGGAAGCCUCAGUCCAGGGAAAGCAGUGGCAACUUAUGGAAGGUUUGACUGAGCAAACGCCCGUUAACUUCAGCGAUGUCAAUAAAUUAGAGAGGAUAGUAAAGAUGAAGAUUGUUGUGUUUUAUAGAAAGGGCGAGAAACAUUUACUGUGUAAAUUUGAGACAGACUUCCCUGACCGUUCAAACCCCCUUUUCUUAUUCCUGCUGGGAAACCAUUACUAUGAAAUAAGGAAUCUCACCGGUUUUACCGGAGCAAAAUACACCUGUAGUUAUUGUUAUAUCGGUUUCGAUCACCCCGAAAGGCAUUUAUUUAAAGGUUACUGUCCCAUUUGUCAUGACCCGAGCUGUCAUCUUAGGCCUUUAAGAUCUGUGCAGUGCAGCCUCGCCUCACACCCCGGCUGGAAAAGUUUAGGAGUAAUUGCGAAACCAGUAAAUUCUGCCUGGUCUGUAAAAGACUUUAUCACGUGCCCGCCUCUUAAGAACGUUUCAUUCACGAAUGCUCGCCCAUCCCCACUGAGGGGCGAUUUUGAAUCUUUCAGCAAUCAGAGUGGCGUGCUCGUUCCCUUUCUAGUCUGUACCAAAACGUUAAAAGGAGUGGUUUGGUACGCUUAUGGGCUGGAUUGUGUCAAACAGUUUCUGCUUCAUUUCAGGAGCCACGGAUACAGGGGUUACACAUUUAUUGCUCAUAAUGCGCGUGGAUAG